CAGCAGAAGCAGAAGCAGAAAGAAGUUGGUGAAAACUGCGCCUAGUCGAGACGUGGCGUGGUAGGGGAAGUAAGUCCACGCCAAGAAAACGUUGAGAGUCUUCCAUAACUCUUUGUUGCGCGCCCGCGCGUGUUAGUGUGAGUGAGGCAGGUGUGGCGCUUCUUGCCUGGCCCCACCUGAGGUUGCGUGACGUCAAGGGCGUGCGGCUCUUCCGGGUGGGAAUUGUGGACCGCAGCCAUGCCGGACGUGCUGAGCGUCACCGAGUUCAUCGGUGAAUGUAACGACGACUACAAGGCGCCCACCACGUCCAGCUUCUCCACGCGCAUGACGGACUGCAGGAACAGCGUCAACGCCCUAGAAGAGGUUCUGGAUGUGGAGCGCUCGGUUCUUUCCAAGCUGAAGAAGGCAGUGAAGUCCGUAUACACAUCGGGACUUGUCCACGUGGAGCACGAGGACCAGUAUGUAUCGGCCAUGGAGAAGCUGGGCGACAACUGCAUGAGCGGCGAGGACACCGCCGUGGGCGCCGCUUUCCUCAAGUUUGCCGUUUUCAGCAAAGAGCUGACGGCGCUCUUCAAGAACCUGGUCCAGAACAUGAACAACAUCAUCUCCUUCCCGCUGGACAGUCUGCUCAAGGGCGACCUGCGCGGCAUUAAGGGGGACCUGAAGAAGCCGUUCGACAAGGCUUGGAAGGAGUACGAGAGCAAACUCUCCAAGCUUGAGAAGGAGAAGCGCGAGCACGCCAAGCAGCACGGGAUGAUUCGCACCGAGUUCAGCGGCGGCGAGAUUGCCGAGGAGAUGGAGAAGGAACGCCGCGUCUUCCAGUUGAACAUGUGCGAGUACCUUCUCAAGGUCAAUGACAUCAAGGUCAAGAAGGGCGUCGACCUCCUGCAGAACCUCAUCAAGUAUUUCCACGCACAGUGCAACUUCUUCCAGGAUGGACUGACGGCCGUCGAGAGCCUAAAACCCUCCGUGGAGAAAAUGGCGUCGGAACUGACGGCGAUCAAACAGACGCAGGACGGUGAGAGGAAACAGCUGACUCAGCUCCGAGACGUCCUGAAGGCGUCAUUGCAAUCGGAGAGCAAAGAGGAGGCUCCGGCCAAGCAGAAGCAAGGAUACAGCCUGCACCAGCUGCAAGGCAACAAGGCCCACGGCACGGAGCGCUCUGGAGUUUUGUCCAAGAGGAGCGAAGGGCUCAGGAAGGUUUGGCAGAAGAGGAAGUGCUCGGUGAAAAACGGCUUCCUGACCAUCUGCCACGCCACGGCUAAUCGGCCACCAGCCAAACUCAACCUACUGACGUGCCAGGUGAAGAAGAACGCUGACGACAAGAGGAACUUUGACCUCUUUUCACAUGACCGGACGUAUCACUUCCAGGCAGAGGACGAGGCCGAGUGCCAGAUAUGGGUGUCUGUCCUCCAGAACAGCAAAGAAGAAGCGCUGAGCAAAGCCUUCAAAGGUGACCAGGACGAAGGCGACAACAUCGUGCAGGAGCUCAGCAAGGCCAUCGUCGCCGACGUCAAGAAAAUGGAUGGCAACCGCGUCUGCUGCGACUGCGGCGCUCCAGGUCCUUCGUGGUUGUCCACCAACCUUGGCGUGCUGAUCUGCAUCGAGUGCUCGGGGAUCCACAGAGAGAUCGGGGUGCACUUCUCCAGGAUCCAGAGUCUGGAUCUGGACGUGCUGGGAACGUCUGAGCUGCUGCUGGCCAAGAACGUCGGAAACGCCGCGUUCAACGACAUCAUGGAGGCGGAGCUUUCUGCCUCGGGUGUGGCCAAGCCGGAACCCACCAGCGACAUGCAGGGACGGAAAGACUUCAUCACGUCCAAGUACGUGGACAAGGCGAUGGUCCGCCGCCGGUGUGCCGACAACAGCGACCGCCUACGCGCGCUCUACCAGGCGGCGCGCAACCGCGACAUCCUGGCACUCAUCCAGGUCUACGGCGAGGGCGUCGACCUGACCGAGGCCUUCCCGCAGCCUCAGCAGCACGAGCCAGGCGAAACGGUCCUCCAUCUGGCCGUGCGUAUGGUGGACAGGAACUCUCUGCAUAUCGUGGACUUCCUGGCGCAGAACAGCGGCGACCUGGACAAGCAGACGGAACGAGGAAGUACGGCGUUGCACUACUGCUGCUUGACGGACAACAGCGAGUGCCUGAAACUUCUGCUCCGUGGCAAAGCGUCCGUUGCCAUCGCCAAUGAGUCUGGAGAAACACCGCUGGACUUGGCCAGACGACUCGGGCACACUCAAUGUGAAGACCUGCUGACUCAAGCCAAUUCUGGAAAGUUCAACGUUCACGUGCACGUGGAGUACGAGUGGCGUCUCCAUAACGACGACCUGGACGAGAGUGAGGACGAGUUGGACGAGAAGCCCAACCCGUCCCGCCGUGAUGAACGGGAUCGUCCCGUCAGCUGCUUUGUGGGCGCCGGCGUUCCCGCGCAGCCCAGCCGACACCGCGGUCAGAUUCCCAGCAUGAUGAUCAGCAACGAGACGUACGGCGCCGUGCUCGAGCGCCACCUACCGCCCGGGCCCAACCCACCGUUGCCACCCAGGGCCCCCGCCAGAGGGCAGCCCGCUAAACCGCUCACCAUGGAAACCAUAGGACGGCAGAGGUCUUCGUCCGACCCCCCCGCCCUAAACCUCACCCCCGAGAGAAACACCUCCAUGUACGUUUUGCCAGUGGCCCCUCCCCCUGCCCCCCCUCCCCCCCCUCCCCCAGCCCCCCGCGGGGCCUGGAGCACACCCCUUCCGUCCUCUGGCCCACCUGCCACGACAACCACCCCCUCCUCCUCCCCUCCUCUGCCUCUGGCUCCGCCUCCUCACCACAAAGCGCCACCCCUGCCCCCACCCGUUGACAAAUCACUGGGACCCAAAUCACCCGGCAGAUCAGGCAAAGCAGCUCCACUGAGGUCGUCUCUGCGUAGGACUCCAACCGACAAGCGAGCUUCUCAGGUUCCGUCCCCCCAAGACUCCUCGCCCCCAACUCCCCAACCAAGAACCACCUUCAGCGCGUCCAGACCCCAAAGGGUGCGGGCCAUCUACAGGUGCUCCGCCGAUAACCCUGACGAGCUGACUUUCGAGGAGGGUGAGGUGAUCGUGGUGGAGGGUGAGGAGGACAGCGAGUGGUGGGUGGGCCACGUGGAGGGGGAACCUGCGCGGCGCGGGGUCUUUCCUGUCACCUUCGUGCAUUUCAUCACUGAGUGACCAGGAUUUUUCAAGUGGAAUUGCAAGAAAUUGACCCAAGUGAUUGGAAAUCACAGUGCGCCAGUCUUCAAGUCGUCUGCGACCAGUUUUCCAAGCCAGUGAUUGACAGGCUUUAUUAAGCCAGGGCGUGUGCCAAGAGAUACGACUCAGAAGUCAAAACAAUUACAUUUGAUACUGUUGUUCAUUCUUGAAAACGUCCAGUAAUGACAAUUAAAGAGAAGGAAUCAUUUUUAGUGACAUUUAUUAUCAAUUGAAGGGCCAUAGUAUCAAUUGAAGGGCCAUUGUGCUCCUGCCCGACUUGUCCACCUGGGGGCCUUUCAAGACAGCCCGAUCGAUGUACAAGCCAAACACCACAGCUCCUCGCACA